AUGGGGCGUGACUUCUCACCGUGUCCGGGGGGCCGUUCGCGCGACGACGGACCAUGGUGCGCGGAAGCGUUCCGGGAGGAUACGUUGCGCCCGGCCCUCGACGCCGAGGACGUUGUCGUGCUCCACCUCGACUGCGCGGAGGGCUACGGCUCGUCGUUCCUCAGCGAGGCGUUCGGCGGGCUCGUGCGCCCCGGGACCGGGGGCUUCACCCCCGAGGAGCUGCACCGCAAGCUGCGGCUGGAGAGCCGCGACGCGAUCCUCGUGCGGGAGAUCUGGUCCUAUAUCGACCACGCCCACGCCUGA